GAAGCUUUGGUCAUCAUGCCAGCUCACGAAUGCUGGCUGUGCUUCCCAGCCUCUCCAGGUAGACCUUUUGUGCAGACGGUCUGGGUGGCACAGACUUGCCCCAACUGUUGCUGGUUUCCAGGUUUCCUCCCUCCAGCCCCCCGGCCUCUGUGUGCGCCCCGGCUGCAGCUGAGAGGCACCCCUGGGGCUAUGCUUCCUCCUUCACACUCCUCCACGGCACCCCCCUCCAAAUCCCAGACGCCCUGUUCUACUGACCCCCGUCUCUGCCCUCCACCCUCCACACCUGAUUGUAGGCAGGAGAAAAAUACACAGUCUGAGCUGCCACAUCAAAAAGGCCCACUUGAGACGCUACCAACAAUGAAUGGCUCCAAAGAGCCCCCCAGGUCCUAUGACUUCGACCUCAUCAUCAUUGGAGGCGGCUCCGGAGGACUAGCAGCAGCUAAGGAGGCAGCCAGAUUUGACAAGAAGGUGCUGGUCUUGGAUUUCGUCACACCAACUCCUCUUGGCACCAGAUGGGGUCUCGGAGGAACGUGUGUGAACGUGGGGUGCAUACCUAAAAAACUGAUGCACCAGGCAGCUUUGUUAGGACAAGCCCUGAAAGACUCCCGCAACUACGGAUGGAAAGUCGAGGACACAGUUAAGCAUGACUGGGAGAAAAUGACGGAAUCCGUGCAGAAUUACAUCGGCUCGCUGAACUGGGGCUACCGAGUAGCUCUUCGGGAGAAAAAGGUCGUCUAUGAGAACGCUUAUGGGAGAUUCAUUGGUCCCCACAAGAUUAAGGCAACAAAUAACAAAGGAAAAGAGAAAAUCUAUUCAGCAGAGCGGUUUCUCAUCGCCACGGGUGAAAGGCCACGCUACCUGGGCAUUCCUGGAGACAAAGAGUACUGCAUCAGCAGUGAUGAUCUUUUCUCCUUGCCUUACUGCCCGGGUAAGACUCUAGUGGUUGGAGCGUCCUAUGUUGCUUUGGAAUGUGCAGGAUUUCUUGCUGGUAUUGGCUUAGAUGUCACUGUAAUGGUGCGGUCCAUUCUCCUGAGAGGAUUUGACCAGGAUAUGGCCAACAAAAUCGGCGAACACAUGGAAGAACAUGGCAUCAAGUUUAUAAGGCAGUUUGUUCCAGUUAAAGUUGAACAAAUUGAAGCAGGGACACCAGGCCGACUCAAGGUGAUUGCUCAGUCCACCACCAGCGAAGAGACCAUCGAAGAUGAGUUUAACACAGUGUUGCUGGCAGUAGGAAGAGAUCCUUGUACAAGAACCAUUGGCCUAGAGACCGUGGGCGUGAAGAUAAAUGAGAAGACUGGAAAGAUACCUGUCACAGACGAAGAGCAGACCAACGUGCCUUACAUCUAUGCUAUUGGUGACAUUCUGGAGGGCAAGCUGGAGCUGACGCCUGUGGCCAUCCAGGCGGGGAGAUUGCUGGCCCAGAGGCUGUACGGGGGCUCCACUGUCAAAUGUGACUAUGAAAAGGUUCCUACAACUGUAUUUACUCCUUUGGAGUAUGGCUGUUGUGGCCUGUCAGAAGAAAAAGCUAUUGAGAAAUUUGGGGAAGAAAAUAUUGAAGUUUACCACAGCUUCUUUUGGCCAUUGGAGUGGACAGUCCCAUCCCGAGACAACAACAAAUGUUAUGCAAAAAUAAUCUGUAACCUUAAAGACAACGAGCGGGUCGUGGGCUUUCAUGUACUGGGUCCGAACGCUGGAGAAGUGACGCAGGGCUUCGCGGCUGCACUCAAGUGUGGAAUGACCAAGCAGCAGCUGGACAGCACUAUUGGUAUCCACCCAGUCUGUGCGGAGAUAUUCACCACGUUGUCGGUGACGAAGCGUUCUGGUGGAGACAUCCUCCAGUCUGGCUGCUGAGGUUAAGCCCCAGUGUGGAUGCUGCCGCCAAGACUACAGAUCUGCUUUGCUUCCUUGCCCACAUCCAGGGGAAGUUCAGGAAGGCUCUCGGGCUCUCGGCACCUAUCCAAGAUGCUGGCCUAAGGCCACCAGGUCCCUGGGAUCUCGUGGGUAGGAGGAGGCAGGUGGAAGGCUGCAGCAUCACACUGGGGUCACCUUAACAGACUCAGACAGACAUUCGGCAGUGCAUCGGAGAUGCGUCCAUGAAGUCACCAGCCGCAAGCCCAGAGUGGUAGGCUGUGAUGGAGCAGCUGCCAGAUGGACUGUUCAGCUCGACCUCCCCUUUAGCUUGUAUAAUCUUGUUUUCCAGCUGUCUGAUGUCAGUUCUAUUUUCUUUUUUCUCCAUGGGGUUAAUGAUACUAGAGAUAGGGAAUGUUAGCAAUCAGUUUUGGUCUAAAAGCAUGUCGUGGCUGGACUACAUAGUCGUGCUGUGAAGAAGGGGGAUGAUUCAGCUUAUGAAAGCCACAAACGUUUGUCCCGAGAAAGAGUGAUCACCCUGUGAAGUCUUAUGUCCAGAACAAGAAAAACCAUGGUCCACUUUUUGCAAGUUUCCCACUGAGCAUGUCACUGAAACUGCUUAGAUGCUGGAGAUGCAGCUUGGCUUGCCUACUUGAACUCCAUUGCAUGGCCAUUGCAGGACUGUAGAUUGUUGCCAGCCUAGAGGCUGAUGAACAGCAAAUGUCUUUCUUGAUACAGUUUAUUGUCCAUUGGUCUGAGUGAGCUGCGAUUGUUCACAAUGGAAAAUGCUUAAUUUGCUUUAAACUUCUUGUUUUUGUGAGGUGGAUUUAGUUCUAAGCUGCUGUCCCCUGAGAAUACAUUCAGAGGCCAGUAGCUCUUUCCAGACAUAGCACAUAAAUCUUCUGAGGUAAUUACUUUUGUAAGGAAGCUGUUCAUAACAUAAGUUAUUAUUAUUAUUGAACACAGGUGGAUGUGAAGGAUUUUCAUUGAAAAACCAAAUGGUUUUUCCUUUUUCUAUUGAAUGAACCCAGUGGAACUCUGGCAGCUUGCUGCUGGUGUUUUUACAGCGUGAUUUUAGCUCCUGGGUUAAGAGACUGUGAACGCGCAGGCUGAGGACUGUGUUCACAUCAUCUUCCCACUGUAGCAGCCAUCAGGCUGCCUGCCCUGGUCCUGUGGCGCCUUGUUUUACCCUCUCCUCUACCCGUCUGACCCUGCAGUACUGAGUGGUGCCACAGAACACUUCUGGGCCACCUCAGGCAACGUGUUUGCCUAGUGUCCAGCCAGCAGCACCUCCGCUGCCCCACAGGGCUCCCUCAUGUCCUCACCGUCAGUUUAUAUGAAGACAGUAGGAAGAGGAGAAAGGUCGGGGACCCCGGGAGUCAACUGUUCAGUUUUAUUUAUUUAUUUCUUGAUUUUUCUCCCAAGUCUGCCAGUCUCUGCGAUUAGAACGACAGUGUAGAUUAACUGUGCCUAAUCAUGUUAUGAUUCUCUUAGUGGAAUGGAGUGUUCUGCCCCAUGAGAAGGAAUAGUCUUCAUUGUUUAUAUUCUGCCCCAUGAGAAGGAAUAGUCUUCAUUGUUUAUGUUCUGUAAUCGCACAAUGUUCUGUAACUCAAAUUCCAAUUCCAUGUAUUUUUGUUACAAAUUUUUUGGGGAAAAAAAUGUGAAACAGUAAAAAGUGUUAAUUCGCA